CCAACUCAAGUUCUCUUCCACAACGACAUGUGCAGAGAUGCUACUGUAGAUUGAUGCACAUGUGCAGAGGGCUCUUCUAGCAAAUGGUUUAUUACUCCAUCACGCUUGUAGCAAACGCCGGCCCGAGCUUCCACUAAAUCUAAGAGUUGGACGGCCUGCCGAUUUGCCGCGGUGAUGGAUGAUGCCGCGGUGCACGUUCUCGUGUUCCCUUGGCCACGGCAGGGACACAUCAACCCCAUGCUCCAUUUCGCCACCGCCCUCGUCGACGCCGGCGUCCAAGUUACCUUCCUCCACACCGAGCGCAACCUCCGUCGUCUUGCUCAGGCGCCUCCGCCGGGCCUCCGCUUGCUGUCCAUCCCCGACGGCCAACCCGACGGUCACCCUCCCGGCUUCUUGGAGCUCCUGGAGUCCAUGUCCACGACCGGCAGCGCGGCGUACCGGGCCCUGCUCUCUGCUGCCGAUGCGCCGGUGACAUGCGUUGUCGCCGACAGCACCAUUCCGUUCGCCUUCGACAUCGCCGAGGAGCUCGGCAUCCCAUCGCUCGCCUUCGUCACGCACAGCGCGUGCAGUUACCUGGCGAUCCUAUCUAUGCCCAAGCUCGUCGAGCUCGGCGAGACCGCCUUCCCUGCAGACGACCUGGUGCGUGGCGUUCCGGGGAUGGAGGGCUUCCUCCGGCGACGAGAUCUCCCACGUGGACUCUGCUGCGCUGAAAGAGGCGGCGAAGACCCCUUGGUGCUCAAGAUCGCCGAGGUCACCGCUCGUACCAGCAAGGCACGUGCACUCAUAGUCAACACCGCCGCGUCCAUGGAGCGGUCAGCGCUCGCCCACAUCGCGUCGUGCACAACCGACGUCUUCGCCGUAGGCCCGCUUCACGCGAGGUCGAGGUUCGCCGCAAGCGCGAGCCUGUGGCGGGAGGACGACGAGUGCAUGGCAUGGCUGGACGGCCACGACGACCGGUCCGUCGUGUACGUGAGCCUGGGGAGCCUCGCCGUGAUCACGCAUGAGCAGUUCACUGAAUUCCUCGCCGGCCUGGCAGCCACCGGGUACGCCUUCCUCUGGGUGCUCCGGCCGGACAUGGUCCAAAUGGCCAGCUCCGCGCUCCUCCGAGAGGCCGUCGGGGCAGCCGAGGGCGGCAGAGGGCGCGUCAUCGAGUGGGCUCCUCAGCGCGACGUGUUGCGGCACCGGGCGGUGGGCUGCUUCCUGACACACGCAGGAUGGAACUCGACGCUGGAGUGCGCCGUCGAGGGCGUGCCGAUGGUGUGCUGGCCCUUCUUCGUCGACCAGCAGACCAACAGCCGCUUCGUGGAUGCCGUGUGGAGGACGGGGCUGGACAUGAAGGACAUCUGCGACAGAGGUGCCGUGGAGAGGACAGUGAGGGAGGUCAUGGUGUCCGACGAGAUCUGGGGGGUGGCCCAAGCCAUGGCGCAACAGUUGAGGCUCGAUGUCGCGGAGACGGGGUCGUCGUCCUCUGAUUUCGAACGGCUCGUCCACUUCAUCGGGGAGCUGAAGCACUGUGUGAAGCCUAGCUCAGGCUGAACAACAGCUUUGCCUCACCCACCUGAAAGUAAGGGGGAUGAAAAGUAUUAUAGGAAAGGCCAGUAAUCAGCCCGUAAUGGGCCCGUGAGUUUAGCAUUUUUGGGCUAAACAAUGCUCUCUCCCACGGCUGCCUCUAGGUGUACAGGUGUACGGCGACCCCGCGACAGUUAGGGAGCUCCGCGAUCUCGUGGAGGCGUGUGCGCCGUCGAUCCUUUGCAUUGUUGAAACUCAACUUGCGAAGGCCCGAGUGGAGGGAUUGGCUGUUUCUUUAGGUUUUUCAGGAUGUUUUGCAGUUCCAAGUAACGGUCGUAGUGGUGGUUUAUGUAUUUUUUGAAAAGAUCAUGUUAAUCUCGCAAUAAAGAACUUUUCGCAGUA